UCCCUUCUCGCCAUGCGGGAGGAGCGACGAUCGUGCUUCAGCAAAUCUUGCUGAAUUUGGACCGAAUGCUGCGAAUCGUCGACGCGUGACGCCCCUGAUCGCGACUUUAGUGGACUAAAGCAUCAUUCGUGCCAUCUUCGGGUCCGGUUGGAGUCGCCUCGUGCACGCGGAAGCUUCUCGGCCGAGCUUAGCUUAGCUUAGCUUAGCUUAGCUCAGUUUCGUUUCGCUUAGCUUAGCUUGCUAACCAAGAGACACGUUUGGGAUCGACACUGAGAUCAAGCGUCAGUGUUGCGAUCGUCGUGUGAAAAUGUGUGCAAGAAGGACAGCAGAGUACGAGGAGGAACUUUGGGGCCCAAAAGAGGAGAAGGAGCCGCAACGUCAACUGCUGGACGCUGCGUUCAAUCUGCAGCCUCGAAUUGUGCUACGCAGAGCAGACAUCACUGAAGAUCUUCGUACUGGGGGGCAGGAGCCAGGGCCCCCUCACAUUAAAGAGGACGUGGAGGACGAAGAGGUCCACCACAUCAAAGAGGAAGAGGAGCACAUUUGGAUUAAAAAGGAGAAGGGAGAAGCAUGCCCCCACAUCAAAGAAGAGGAGGAGCCUAUUGCGAUUAAAAAAGAAGAGGAAGAAGUGUGCCCCCACAUCAAAGAGGAAGAGGAUAUCAGCAAGUUUCUAUCGACUGAUGUCCCUUUGAAGAGCGAAGAUGAAGGUCAGAGUGAGGAGAGCAGAGGGGCGAAGCCUCCAAGCCGCAGCUCAGGCCAACACGUGACAACAGAAGCUGAUGGAGACCACUGUGGACGAUUACAAGCAGACUGCCUCUUAGCUCCACUUUCAGAUAUUGUUGGCAUGACGUCACACUCUCUUCACACUGAUGUUUAUAACCGGAAGUCCGAAGGUGACAUGACGUAUCACACUGACAACAAGCAAUGGAAAUGUUCUCAUUGUGGGAAAACAUUUUCUAAAAAGAGCAAGUUCAAAGAACACGUGAGAACACACACUGGGGAAAAACCUUUUUCCUGCUCAGUUUGUGGUCAAAGAUUCACUCGGAAGGGACACUUGAAAAGACACACAAGAACUCACACUGGGGAGAAACUUUUUUCCUGCCCAGAUUGUGGUCAAAGAUUCACUCAGAAGACAAACUUAAAAAAACACACAACAACACACACUGGUGAGAAACCUUUUUCCUGCUUAGUUUGCGGUCAAAGAUUCUCUAAAAAGACGAGUUUCAAAAUACACGCAGGAACCCACACCGGUGCGGAACCUUUUUCCUGCACAGUUUGUGGUCAAAGAUUCUCUGUGAAGGAAAACUUAAAGAUUCACACAAGAACCCACACUGGUGAGAAACCUUUUUCCUGCACAGUUUGUGGUCAAAGAUUCACUCGGAAGGGAAACUUAAAAAAGCACACAAGAUCCCACACUGGUGAGAAACCUUUUUCCUGCUCCAAGCUGGUUUUGAACUCCUUAAUCUCCUGGUGUAAUAGAUCGAGAAGUGAUAGCUUCUUGUCAGUGGAGGAGAGGACUUGAAUAUGGGCGUCGGGAGAGCAAAGUUGUAAAUCUUCAGCAGCUAGUAGAUGAGUUAGCCUUUCAUCUUUUCAGCGGAUUGCUGCGGUCCUAGUACUAGCUGUGAACUGGCCCAGACUAAGACUAAUAAUAAAAAUGUAAAGCGCAUGUAGAGAGAUCGCAAAAGAGAAGAGAGCUAUGGAACGGACACGCCAUUAAAGAUGACACCCAGUAACCCCCAGUCUCGUGCUAUUCUGCAUACCCGCCCCUUUUGGGUGCCUGACAAGACAUCGACAGAAAGCCUGUUUGUACCUAUCAAAGGAGAAGCAUGCGCUUUAACUCGGCACACAGACGCCAAAUGAAUUACCAGCCGGUCCGAAGUAGCUCAUCAAAGCUGAGACGCUGACAACUGGUUUUUCACUCGGACGCGAAGUUAAUUCACUUUCACCCGCAGCCAGCCUGAAGAGUCUCACCAGCAAAGACUUCUUUUUUUGGGCUGGGGACACUGGCUUGAUGACCGAGCAGGUGAGGAACCCGCUGUUUGGUGGCUUUUGAUUACGCAACGGUGACAUUUGUUCCUUCUGUCUGGGACAAUGGAUGGAACACUGGCGAAACCCACAGGUGGCGGAAAACUUACUGCAACUCCGGAGGAACGACUCGCAAUCUUCACUGGAUUUGAAUGUUAUAUGAGAAUUAAAGAACGCCUUAGUGUUAACAUCGCAAUAGCACCACCGGUGAUUGUAUUUCUGCAAAUUUGAAUGCCUGAUGUUAAAUCUUUUUGUCAACUGAACUGGGUGAGACGUUUCACCCCACGCAACACAAAUAUGCCGCAUUGCAAAUAUUAGUCUUCUCAACAACCACAUACAAUUGAAACAUUCCUUAGAGGGAUUAAAGAGGAUGUGUGCGUGACAAUGCAAUGCUGGAAAUUGGUCUCGUUAUCCCAAAUCCGACAAUGAGUAUUUUAUCCCACUGGUUUUAAACCACAAAAUAAUCCUUUUUUUUUUUCUGGCACCUGACCUGACCCUAACCUCAGAGUACAAGCACGUACGGUUUUCACUGCCGUCCACUUUCCUGUAGCGAAGCUGGUGCGUGCGGCGCAAACGUCACGACAAGAAAAAUGUCAAAAGCGCAUUUUAAAGGCAACGUUUCGAGCCAGUUCUAAUUUGCAUCGGAUUUGUGAUGUCGGGGGGGUAUUCACCGGUGCCCUGGUCCGAGCUGAAAUAUGUGCUGAAACGGAAUUUUCAUCAUUUUACAUGUCAGUUACUCAACUUGAAUAAUUGCAUUUAAAAAAAAAAAAAAAAAUGGUGACUAGUUACAUUUGGGGAAAAAAAGCAAAUGUUAAUUUGGAGCUGAAGUCCAAUGAACGAAAUGUAAUUCCGUUUCUCCGAGAUGACAUUUGAUCCUCGCUGUAAAUUCAACUCGAUAUAUGUUCACAUUCAGUGCUCAAAAUUGAAAUUCAGUUCUCUAAAUUAAAUUUCCAAUUAGCUAUGGCAACAGUGCCCCUUUUUUUGUUUUUUGAGCAAAGAAGAUUGUGACUGGCCUGACUGUGAACACAAUCUCCAAAGCGGCUCUUAACCUUCAUGCCACCUUUCCUCGACUUUUGCCGAACAUGUUAUUUCGUGUUUGGCAAAGAGUGAAUUCGACUCCAGCGUGAAACUCCGCUUUGGAGCUGAGGCCGCGACGCAUCGUACUAACCACUGGGAGCGUAGCUAUUCCGUUCGGCAGUAAUUCGAUUCGUAUGAUUCGUGGUUGCUGAUUCUGUGCAACGAUACGAUCCGAAAUCAGUGUUUGGAAAUCAAUUAAGCAAAUUUCUAGCCCAAACAUUUAACCUGCGUGACUGUGAAAUAAAGACCUCGAUUCUGGACCGCGCAGGUGAAAUUUCCUAAAUUGCUUUUGUUUCUUGUAGAGGUAUCAGGUCAAAUUGUUUAGGGGAAGAAAAUAAACUAUAAAGAACCAUUACGGCAAAUGCCAAUGAUGGCACAUACGAUCACACUUUAUUUGAAUAAAGUGUACAUGACAUCUCUUCAGGUUGGGUUAACCCUAACCCUGCCUGCUCGAUGCUCCCUUUGAGUACUUUGGUCUGUCUCAAAGUAAAGUGUCUGUGUUAGUGUUUUGCCGAAGUACAGUAUGUCCGUGAUGGAAUUUUGUACCGCGGCUCAAAUGUUUCCUAACCUUUUAGGUCUCGAUCGUGUUCCGAUGAAGAAAACGUGGCUGAAAUGUCUCACGAAUUGAUGUUUGGCCUCUUCUUGCUUCGGGCGAUUGUGGCUUUUCAUAUUACUUACAUUUCAUGAUGUGUCGAUGACGGCGGCGGUCAGGAAACAGUUUCAUGAAAUGCCAGUCCUGUUUUUUUCCCUUGAUAGUUUUUUUUAUCACUGCAAAACACAAAUGCUUCCGUAGUUCUGAUUUAAACUUAGCCGGACGCUCUCUGACAUCGAAAAAAACAAGAGCAGUUCAGUUGACUCAACAUUUGCAGAUUCCACUCAUCAAGUUUUGCGUUCUGCUCAGCGGCUGAGCAGAACCGUCAUAUUUCCACUUUUCACCGAAAGCCCAAACGUCUCUUCGCUAUCUAGUUCGAUCAAUCAUUGGCUCAUUUUCAAACAUUGGACAAAAGUAUUUUCAUGUGUCGUCUCAAAAUGCUCUGAAAAGCAAAUAUUUUCCCACACUGAGAACUUUUCCUUGGUUUGUCUUCAGUAUGACAUGAUAAAUGUUCCUGUCACCUUCAAA